AUGCAGAUGAUGUACAGGGACAAGGUGGUCCAGCUCGAGUCAAAACGGGUGCCGAGAAUGGAUGUUGCUAGUGAAUUAUUCUUGGUGUUUCCUAAUACUGCGAGUAGGUCGAAAUACGGAAUCCACACCUACGACAUAGGCCUCGCCCACAGCAACAUAACACCCGAUUUUCCUACGGGCGGUGACGUCCCACUUCACCCGUUGAACUCCCGCGACUUCCCCCUCCUCCUGAAAUUCGAUCCGGCCUUCGACUCCCGCGCUGUCCCCUCGUCCUCUUCCUCUGCCUCGAAAGGCUUCGCAAUGGUGACAGGAAAAUCGCAGCCGGGCCUCGAGCAGGUUCCCUUCCCAGCCUCCCCAGACCCGGUCGGUGCCACGUCGCCUCCGUCCAAGCGAGACCUCGCCUCGUGGUGGAGACAAUUCAAACGGAACUCAAGAAAAGAUGAGCUGAAAGGUAUUUGGGACUUCUCCUCGCAUGAGUUGAGCGCAUCGGCAGCGCCAGCCCGCUCAGAGCCGGCUCGAGGGAUCUUCGGCGUGCCGCUCAACGAGAGCAUCAAAUACGCAAACGUAGCAAUCUCUUUAACAAACGAGCAGGGCGAAAAUUUCAUCUACGGAUAUGUCCCGAUUGUUGUCGCUAAGUGUGGUGUGUUCCUCAAGGAAAAAGCAACCGAUGUCGAAGGCAUUUUCCGCUUGAAUGGAUCCGCAAAGCGAAUCAAAGACCUUCAAGAACUUUUCGAUUCGCCCGAACGGUACGGUAAGGGUUUAGACUGGGAUGGAUAUACGGUCCACGAUGCAGCAAAUGUGUUGCGUCGUUACUUGAACCAGUUGCCGGAGCCCAUUGUGCCCCUCGAGUUCUAUGAGCGCUUCCGGGAGCCUCUCCGAGCCUACCAGCAGCAAGUCAAAGAAGAGAAGGAGCUUCCCGACGCUGAUAAAUUCGACCAUCCAAAAGCCGUGGAAACCUACCAACGCUUGAUCGUCGAACUGCCCCCUCUGAACAAGCAGCUCCUCCUCUAUAUCUUGGAUCUUCUCGCCGUUUUCGCUUCCAAGUCAGAACAGAAUCGCAUGACAUCCGCCAACCUGUCAGCCAUAUUCCAACCGGGGAUGCUCUCGCAUCCCCAACAUGAUAUGUCUCCCGAGGAAUACAAGCUGAGCCAGGAUGUCCUGAUCUUCUUGAUCGAAAACCAAGACCACUUUUUGGUUGGCAUGAAUGGUACCAAGGCCGACGAGCAGACAAUCAAAGAGGUUCAAGCUGGGAUCCCACCAAAGAUUAUCACUCCGCAAGGUCAACCGACUGGCGCAAAGUCUCCCAGUUCUACCAUCAGGCGAUCUGCAUCCAGUGCUAGCGCCAGCGCCGAAAGUCAUCGCAAACUUGAUAAUUUGCGCCGAAAUGCCUCCGUUUCGUCUCGCAACUCGCGCACCUCCAACACUGGUCCCAGCCCAGGCACUCCCAAUUCGGUGUCCGGUAGUGUCCACCGAAGCAAUACCUUGCCUUCAAAGAUGGGCCCCGUUGUCACCUCUGCACGCUACCCCCGUGCCGCUGAAACGAACACCGCCAACCCGGUCCACCCCUCCAACCUCUCCGUGUCGCAUAGCAGUUCUCGAUCAGGCAGCAGACCGCCGUCGGGCCGAUACCUCCCAGCCUACAGAUCAUCCCGAAACAUCCUACCCCUCGCCAUCCCAGGCGGUUACCCCUACGCGCGAGCGGAAACUAUCCAGUCUCUUUGUGAAAUCUCCACCACGGGGGAACAGAAAGAGACGCGGCAGCCCAAGCGUCUCCAGAAGAAACGGAUUCCAGGGAGUGCCAGCAUGAGUGCUCAGAGUUCCUCCAAUUCCUUACACAACCCUGCCUAUGAACCCCCACCUGCUUUCCCCUCAGAGAUGAAGCAGGAGCGGCGGUCCGUAGAUAUUCCAGUAGUUGGUGAUGCUACGCCGAAACCUCCAAAUACAGCGACGUUAAGCCACGAGGGUCCAGCCGCUUUACAGCCGGGCUCAGGCGACACUGCGCAUCAAAAUCACACCGAGACCUCUUUACGGCCAAGCCAGUCACGGACUCCGUCAAUGAACUCCCGAUCUUCAUUUACCGACAACUCCGAUGCAGAUCAGCCUGAAGAUGCGAGUCGGGAUUAUCGCGAUAACCGCCGCAGCUGGCGUUUCCACCGGUCUGUCAAGCGAAGCAGUGAGCAGAGCACAAGCUCAAUCGGCAGUGGCUUGCAGAAGAACCUUGAUUUCACAAGCCAGUCUUUGAAUGUGGAUCCCAGUGGUCGAGGGAGCUCCGUCUCUAGUGCAGAGCCGGAGAAGAAGAGUCUAUUUGGAAAAUUCAAGGCCAAGGUGGCGCAGGUGCGGGACGGUGCUCGUGACGACCGCGACCGAGUCAAGAGCCCCAACAGUGCUGAAAAUGACCCCUCUUCAGCCCCCCAGCCGCUUUCACCCACGACGGACAAGCAGGCGGACGCACAGCCGACUAUUGAAAUCCCAAGCGAAGGUACUAAGGAGGAGCCUGUGCGCUCCCCUACAUCACCGCUCCCAGGCGCUGGUAUGCCUCCUUCAAUUCCUGAAGAGCCGCACAGCCCGGAGGUAGCUGCUCUUGCGCCAUCUACCGAGGUUGCAGCGCAAGAUUCGAAGGAGACUCCAGAGCCAGCAAGUGCGCAACCAGCUGAAUCGAAUCCCUCGGAUGCCCCCAAGGGCACAGCUUCAAAUGAAGUUCCAGAAGCCACUGAGGAUACUAAGGACCCCGUUAACAAUGUCAUAGCUUAG